AGAGGGGCUGUCUCAGAUCUGGUUCUAAAGCGAGAGAAAGAGAUUUUGAGUUGAGGAAAAAUGAGUAAAGAAGAGUUCAUGAAGAUCCAGACUUGUGUUCUUAAAGUGAACAUACACUGUGAUGGCUGUAAGCAGAAAGUCAAGAAAAUCUUGCAGAAAAUCGAAGGUGUUUUCACGACCAAGAUUGACUCAGAGCAAGGGAAAGUGACCGUCUCUGGAAGCGUAGAUCCUUCAGUUCUCAUCAAGAAGCUCGCCAAAUCUGGUAAACAUGCUGAAAUCUGGGGAGCUCCAAAGGGUAACAACAAUCCAAAUCAGUCCCAAAUGGCCAAUCAGUUUAAGGGAAUGCAGAUUGACAAUGGAAAAGGCGGUGGCGGUGGUGGAGGUAACAAUAAUAACAACAAGAAAGGCCAGAAAAACGGCGGAGGAGGUGGCGGCGGUGGAGGUGGAGGUAACAGUAAUGGGCCAAAGAUGGGUCAGCAACUGAAUCCCCAACAUAUGCAACAGCUUCAACAGCUUCAGAAGAUGAAAGGGUUUCAAGAUCUGAAGCUUCCUCCUCAGUUAAAAGGCUCUGUUCCUGUCAACAAGAACCAAAACCAGAAAGGAGUGAAGUUUGAUGUUCCUGAGGAUGAUGAUGAUGAUGAUUUCAGUGACGAAUUCGAUGAUGAGUUUACUGAUGAUGAUGACGACGAGUUUGAUGAUGAGUUUGAUGAUCUCCCUCUUCCGUCUAAUAAGAUGAAGCCCAACAUGACGAUGAUGCCUAAUGCUCAACAGAUGAUGAUGAACGCUCAAAAGAAUGCCAAUCUUGGCGGUGGCCCUGCUAAAAACGGCGGUAAAGGCGCUCCCGCUGGUGGCGGCGGCGGCGGUGGUGGAAAGGGUGGUGGCGGCGGUGGCAAGGCUGGUCCUGGUGGUGGUGGGAAUCAAAACCAAGGUGGAGGCAAGAACCCCGGUGGUGGACAUCCACAAGAUGGUAAAAACGGCGGUGGUCCAAACGCCGGAAAGAAGGGUAACGGCGGAGGUGGGCCCAUAGUUGGAGGACUUCCGGGUGGUUUCCGUCCCAUGGGAGGCGGAGGACCACCGAACAUGAGCAUGCCUAUGGGUAUGGGUGGCCCGAUGGGGAAUAUGCCGGCGGUUCAGGGGUUACCAGCGACCGGUCCAGGCGGUGCACCACAGGGUUAUUUCCAAGGGACCGGGGCAGAUCCGAUGCAAAUGCAGCAACAGCAAUAUUUAGCAGCGGUUAUGAACCAGCAACGAGCUAUGGGGAACGAGAGGUUCCAACCAAUGAUGUACGCACGACCACCACCGGCGGUUAACUAUAUGCCGCCAAACCCGCACCAAUAUCCGAAUCCUCAUCCGUACCCGUACCCGUAUCCAUAUCCUCCACCUUAUGGGAAUGAUCAAUACUCUCAUGCCUUUAGCGACGAGAACACAUCAAGCUGUGAUAUUAUGUGAGAUGGUUAAAAAUCUAAAUAAAACUUCAAUAGUUUG